CAUUGGACGCGACCGACCGUGUUCACCUUGCAUCCUCAAUUCCACAACCACAAUGGCCGACUCAAAGAAGGGCGGUGCCUAUGGCGCGCCCGCCGGCGAUACCGACUUUCGGAAAACCUGGGACCUCGACGAAUAUGCCGCCAAGGCCAAGGAGCGCGAGGCGAAGGAGAAGGAGGAAGGCAAGGCUCGCUAUGAAGCCAAGCUUGCCGGCAAGAAAUACCACAAGCCGAUGACCGGGAACGAGACAUACACAUCAGCAAGGCGCAACAUCAUCGACCUUACCGCGCAGGUCGGAAAGACGCAGCUCAUUCCUGCUGGCGCAGGCGUCGGAAAGCGCGGACGCAGUGCCGGUUUCUACUGCGAGCCUUGCGAUUUGACCUUCAAGGACAACAUCCAAUACGUGGAGCAUCUGAACACGCCCCAGCAUCUGAUCAACACGGGCCAGACAUCGGAGGUGAAGCGAGCGACGGCAGCCGAGGUCCACGAACGAAUCGAAUACUACAUCCAACGACGGGACGACCUCGAGAAGGAGAAGGCCACGAGCCUCCACGAUCGGCUGCAGAUGCGAGAGGAAGAACAGGAGAAGGAGGCGGAAGAGCGACGGCAGAAGCGCAGGGACGAAAUGGAGAAGCGGCGUGCGAAGCAAGAGGAGGCAGCCAAGGUCAAGACGGAGUAUGGAGAAGACCUGCGAAUUGAGGGCGAGCAUGAGGAGGACGACAUGAUGGCACAGAUGGGUUUCACCGGGUUUGGUACUUCAAAGAAGUGAGGGCCGAGACGACGGACGGACAAACGGACGGAAUGUUGGGCAAAACCUAUGAUACCCUUAUUUCAACGUGGCGAUGUAAUAUGAUUGUGCGAAUUGAUAUGUUGAGGGUCUAUAGCGACGCCUGCGAUAUAACGGCACUGCUUCGUCCAACCGGGCCGGCGAGGACAUGUUCGCGUGCUGCACAAAGGUCGGUGUAGCUGGACACCACCCAUUCACCAUGAGAGAGAUCCCUGGCAGCCCGAAGCAGUGGAUCGAAGGCAACUGGCGCAGGCUCAAUCUGCAGCCUCGGCACAUGGCAAGCCACUACGUAUCCCGGCCAUGGCUGCACGACGGCAUCCUGUUUGUUCGCCGUGGUGGUGGUGCUGCGUCUGCUUCUGUUCCG